UCCUCCGCUCAGAGAACCCUAGAAGCAGAGCAACCUGGACCGUCCACCUCAGAGACAGUUCGAUCGGAGCCCCAAGCUGCCUGUGACCGCCGUCGACCUCACCAGCGAGCUCAAGUAGGGCGUCUUUCACUAGCAACCAGCGACUCCAAGCAGGGCGGUUUCCUGUGACGGCAAGAUGAUGGAUGGUCAUGACUUCGAACGAGAUAAAGAUCUCGCCAAAGAUUUUCUGUCGAAUUUCCCCGAUUCAGAUGGCGAGGCCAAAUACUUGAAUAUCCUACAAGAUGUUGCCAAUCGGAAAAUCAAGGCCAUCCAGAUUGUGCUUGAAGACCUAGCUAGUUACAAGGACUUGGAUGAAGAAUUCUUUCAGAGGGUCAGAGAAAACACACGUCGCUAUAUUGCUAUAUUUGCAAGUGCCAUUGAUGAGCUCAUGCCGGAACCAACAGAGGUGUUUCACGAUGAGGAUCAUGAUAUCUUGAUGACACAGAGAUCUGAGGAAGGAACUGAGAACACUGAUGGUUCUGAUGCACGCCAAAGGAUGCCUCCUGAAAUUAAGCGUUUCUAUGAAGUCUACAUCAGUGACAUCACAACAUCUUCAAAAGUCCGGCCACUUACAAUUAGGGAGGUCAAGGCUUCAUAUAUUGGUCAGCUUGUCAAAAUUUCUGGCAUUGUGACUCGCUGUUCCGAUGUAAAGCCAUUGAUGCAGGUUGCUGUGUACACAUGUGAAGAGUGUGGGUUUGAAAUUUAUCAGGAGGUCACUGCUAGGGUAUUCAUGCCUUUAUUUGAAUGCCCAUCCUCUCGCUGCAAAAUAAAUAGAACAAAAGGGAAUCUUAUCCUUCAACUGAGAGCAUCAAAGUUUUUGAAAUUUCAGGAGGCGAAAAUUCAAGAGUUGGCCGAGCAUGUUCCUAAAGGUCAUAUUCCUCGAUCAAUGACUGUUCACUUUAGGGGAGAACUUACACGAAAGGUAGCUCCUGGUGAUGUUGUUGAAUUGUCAGGGAUUUUCCUUCCUAUCCCUUACACUGGAUUUAGAGCAAUGCGAGCAGGCUUAAUUGCAGAUACUUACUUGGAAGCCAUGUCUGUUACCCAUUUCAAGAAAAAAUAUGAGGAAUAUGAGUUUAAAGAAGAUGAAGAAGAGCAGAUAUCUCGAUUAGCUGAGGAUGGUGAUAUCUAUAAUAAGCUUGCAAGAUCAUUAGCCCCAGAAAUUUUUGGACAUGAGGAUAUUAAAAAAGCUCUUCUUCUUCUUCUAGUGGGUGCUCCUCAUCGAAAGUUGAAGGAUGGCAUGAAGAUUAGAGGAGAUAUACAUAUAUGCUUGAUGGGUGACCCAGGGGUUGCAAAAAGUCAGCUUCUUAAGCACAUAAUUAAUGUUGCACCACGGGGUGUCUAUACAACAGGAAAAGGGAGCAGUGGUGUGGGACUAACUGCAGCUGUUCAGAAGGAUCCAGUGACAAAUGAGAUGGUUUUGGAAGGAGGAGCAUUGGUAUUGGCGGACAUGGGUAUAUGUGCUAUUGAUGAGUUUGACAAGAUGGAUGAGUCAGACAGAACAGCAAUACAUGAAGUAAUGGAGCAACAGACUGUUAGCAUUGCCAAAGCUGGGAUCACCACAUCUUUGAAUGCAAGGACUGCCGUCCUUGCUGCCGCUAAUCCUGCCUGGGGAAGAUAUGACUUACGAAGGACACCAGCUGAAAACAUUAAUCUCCCUCCUGCCCUGCUAUCAAGAUUUGACCUCCUGUGGUUGAUCUUGGACCGGGCUGACAUGGAUACUGAUCUUGAGUUGGCUAGGCAUGUUGUCUAUGUUCAUCAAAAAAAGGAAUCUCCUGCUCUUGGGUUCACUCCACUGGAUCCAUCUGUGCUUCGGGCCUAUAUUUCAACUGCAAGGAAAUUGUCUCCUUGUGUUCCAAGAGAACUGGAGGAGUAUAUUGCCAGUGCAUAUUCCAGCAUUAGGCAAGAGGAAGCAAAAUCAAACACCCCUCACUCUUAUACAACUGUCAGAACACUGCUCAGUAUUCUUAGGAUUUCAGCAGGACUCGCCAGACUCAGGUUCUCAGAGACUGUUGCUCAAAGUGAUGUAGAUGAGGCACUUCGCUUAAUGCAAAUGUCAAAGUUUUCAUUGUAUUCAGAUGAUCGUCAAAGAUCUGGGUUGGACGCGAUAUCUGACAUAUAUUCAAUCUUGCGUGAUGAAGCUGCUAGGAUUAACAGGAUGGAUGUUAGCUAUACACAGGCACUCAACUGGAUUUCUAGAAAGGGAUACAGUGAAGCUCAGCUGAAGGAAUGCCUGGAGGAAUAUGCAGCUUUAAAUGUGUGGCAGAUUCAUCCCAAUACUUUCGACAUUCGAUUCAUUGAUGCCUGAUAUCAUAUAUCCAUCAUUAUUGUUUACCUGUAGACCGACCACAUAUAUAUUGUAAUGUUCCUAGGUUUUAUUAGCUUUGCUGCUGCUUACUACAAUUAGGAAGAAGAUGAAACAUGCACGCUUCAUUACAAUAUUUGUAUGCAAGACCUAAUUUAAGCUCCAUUUUAAUUAAGGCAAGCCUCUAUUCUACUACCA